AUGUCUGUCUGUAUGACAGCAGCCAGGAGACGCCGCCGUGUCUAUGUGAAAAGAACCCCAGCAAACGAAAGGUGGAGGGGGUGGGCAAGUAAAUACAUACACGGACAAACACACAUAUUCUCUCUCUCUCUCUUUCUCUCUCUCUCUUUCUCUCUCUCUCUCUCUCUCUCUCGUAUUUUCUAUCUGACGGAAGGUCGGAUCUACCGCUCUCUAACCUAUGUGACACCAGCCCUGCGAAGUUUCAAGAUAGAUCGGGUCGGGACGAUUGGCUUCUCUCUCGUACAUGCAAGAAUAUACGACUCCUUACGGUCUGGGGUUCGAAGGGAGAAUCGCAGUCGGCUCGCCGACGGCAGACAGUCGGCCUGUAGAAUUAUCGCCGACGUGGGGCGCAAGAUAGCUAAACCACAUAAAUACCCACCCAUGUCUGCUGUUUUCUGCCUAUUUUGUUUCUCUUUUGUUGUUUCUUUUAAACUUUCCCCCCUUCAGCCUCCCUUUCGUUCUUCGUCCUUUCUUCAUCAUUCGCUUUCUCUCUCUAAAUUCUUUAUUUGGCGAUUUUCUUUUUUUCUUUUUUUUGUUUCUGUGCGUGUCAGAAUCCAGUCUGCGAAUCGUUCAUUAUACCAACUCAUUAUACAAAGCGAAUUCAGUUUGCAAGUUACUUACUCCUUUGUUUCCAUUAUUUUCUCUCUUCCGUCUUUGGUAUCUUUCUGUUUCUUUUUUUCUUUCUUUUUCUUUAUUUUCUUUUCCAACUUGCUUUUUCUUUUAAUUGUCUUUUUACUUUUUCUCUCUUUAAUUCUUUUCUAUUUCCUUUUUGUUAUUUUUCUUUUUUUAUCUUUCCACUAUUUUUUUUUACUAUUUCUGUUCUUCUUUUUCAACCCUAAGGUCUUUUUUCGCUUACCUUUCCUUCUAUUUGACUUUCAUCUUCUUUUUUGCAGAUUUUUAUUGAUUUAUUUUCAGUCCUGCCCUUAUUUCUUUCUUCCAUUCAUUUCUAUUUGUUUUCCUUUUUUUUCUUUCUUUUCUUUCACCUCCCCCUACCAUCUGUUCGUUUUUACGCCGUUGGUUGAUUCUUUAUUUCUUUCUUUUAUGAUAUUUCUUCAGCCUUAUUUUAUCUUAUUUUCCCUUUUUAUUUUUUCAUCUUUUUCUACUGCUACAUUUAUCAUUAAUUCCGUUUCUUUUGUUUAUUCUUUCCCGUCUUGCAAGUUACCCGCCGCCAUUUCUGUUUUUUUCUCCAUUCUUUCUACUUAA